GACUGCCGUCAUCAUGAGCGGAAUGAAUGACCUGACGAUGGCGAACCCCCUGUUCGUCACCUUUCUCUUCUACGCCGCCAUCCUGGUGCUGAAGACGGUGCUGAUGUCGCUCGCCACCGCCCGCCACCGCAUUGGCAAGAAGAUAUUCGCCAAUCCGGAGGACGCCAAGGGCCUGCAGGGCAAGGUGAAGCUGGACGAUCCGGACGUGGAACGCGUACGUCGCGCCCACCUCAACGACCUGGAGAACAUCCUGCCGUUCCUCAUCAUCUGCCCGCUCUACCUGGCCACCGGACCCAACGCCUGGAUGGCCACCAUGCUGAUGAGAGGCUUCGCCGCUACCAGGAUCAUCCACACCUUCGUCUACCUGAAUGUGGUGCCUCAGCCGUCCCGCGGGCUGGCCUUCAUGGUCGGCUUGGGCAUCACCAUCUACAUGACCGUGCAGACCCUGCUGGCUACCCUGUAGCUGGAGCGCCGCGACAUACGCUGUCGCCCCGCUGCCGCGGAGCGUUACAGAGGACACCGCCUUGCCGACGUGUGUCCGAGUGGCGCGGCAAGGUUGCCGCUGGUCCGAGGCGUGAUCCGGGUCGACUCGUUACGCGCAUCCCGCGGCUCUAUCCAAUCCCAUUGGUCCGAUUGGUCCGGUCUGCUGUCUGGCUCCAUUGGUGGCCGACGAAAACAGCGCAGCCCUCUGCUGCGCGGUUGUUCGUGUGUAUUACAUGUAAGUCCUGUGAGCUUCAGCCUCUAACUGCCGUAGCUAACGCCAUAUAUGUUGUGCCAGUUGUUGUGAUGAUCGCCGCGUUAAACCGCGGCCUUUCCCGCUUGGCCUCCGCGAAGGACUCUGGUCCAUUGUGUCCCUGCCUCCUCGGUGGCGGUGGAGUGGUUUGACGCCCCAGCCAGCAGCCACUCCUCCGCGGACGACCGGCCAAGGGCUCAACGAGAGCUCAUUGGUCAGUCCAGCCCAGAGCGAGAGCUCAUUGGUCAGUCCAGCUCAGAUCGAGAGAUCGGCGGAGCGCUGCGCAGUUUAACGUCGGCCGUGAAGAGAUUGACGUCCAGUCACUGAGGUAUAUACUGUAUGCGUAUGUGUGCGUAUCUUUGCCGUAGCGGGGGACCGGACUACCGUGUUUGUCGUUGUCAAGGGUCUGUUGUCUACAAUAUAUUUGGUAACUUUUC